CUUGGCGAUCCGCCUCCUCUAGAGUCGGCUGGGCCCCAUUUAUGUGCCACUUUAUCUCGCUUGAAGAGCAUCGAUUUAACCAGCACAGACUUCUCAAAUUGGUCAAGCCUUUUGGCUUUGUUGAGCAAAUCAUCACUUUUGGCCAGCUUGAUGCUAGCACGAAACCGAAUAUCGAAACUCUAUCUGCCCUCAACGGGUACAAACAACUUCGAAGCUAGUCAGUUACUCCCAAGCCUCCACUCCAUAGGACUGGCUGCAAACUCUUUCGAGGACUGGCACAUGGCCGAUCAACUAGCCCGAUUUCCUAGCCUUAGAGAAGUCACGCUAUCUGAAUGCCCCGUGAUGCUAAAAUCAUCUAAUGAAACAGCGCGUCAAGAGCUAAUUGCUCGUAUGCCGAUGGUAACAGUGCUCAACCGGCUUGAGGUCAUGGCCGAUGAAAAGCGCGGCGCCGAACUGGAUUAUCUUAAACGAUAUGGCACUCAGUGGCGAGCCGCAGGAGGUGAUAUCGAUUCCGAUACUGGAGCCUUCUGUGCAGGCAAUUCUGCGUUCAAUCAGCUUCAUCCGGCUUAUGCUCGUCUCUGUGCUAAAUACGGCCCACCAGAAGUUGGAGAGUGCAAGGUCUGCACCAAAUUCUCGCAGAAUCCAAACUUUUUACCCAUCUUAAUUAUAUCCCUGUCUGAUAUACUUACUAUAAAGAACAAUGAGCUGGUCAUGAUAGAACUUAGUAUAUAUGCGUUUCCAAGAUUUCAGUUCAGAAUUUGGAUGGAAGAGAUUUGCAAAAUGGCCUCAUUAUAA